AUGCCGGACAGUAGAAGGCAGAGUGAGGACACGGUUUUACCAGAUAAUGAGUCUGUUUUCACAUCGCUUUCUGAUGAUACGCUCGCGGACUUGUCGUCACAGGUUUUUGGGUUGCCGUUACCUAAUUUUUCCACGAUAAAAGAGUAUUCCAUCGCAUCGACUUUUUUACAUCCGGGGGUAUCGGUAUUCCGGUCCAUAGACGAUGCCCGGAAAGGGUCCUCACCACUCUUGUGUACACUGUCUUCAGUGUUUAGUGUUUUCAAGAAAAAUGCCCCAUUUAUGGUCAUUUGCACCUAUGACGAUGCUGGUCAAUCGCACGAGUACUGUCGUGUGCACUUUAAAAAUGUUGCAAAUAAUUUGUCAUGUUACAUUCUCAUGUUCCCCCACACUUCAGUGAUGAUUUUAAACAAUGGAUUACGCCCAGCUGCCGAUAUAAUGUACUGUGACACCAAGCUACGUGUGGUGGGGUCGUCAGGGGACAAUUCCACGUUUGCCAGUGGAGAAUUGAAAAUGUAUGUUUUGCAGCCAAAUACCUUGUCGUUGACUGAUGGGUCUAGUUUGGUGCAACCGACUCCCGGGUCGAUAAAAGGUGCCAAAGUGGGUUUCAACACUUCGGCUAAUGACCUCUGUCAAGCAUUGAGUGAGCUGAAGAAACAUUUGCAUACAAAACUCUUGUCGGAGGCACGCACCUUGGUCAAUAUUCCUCUUGUUACUUAUACAGAUACCGGAGACAAAAAGAUUUCGGGACUGAAACACAGUUUAAAUGGGACAGUACGGAUGUUUCAACCACCGGGUGAUGAACUGCAACAUACUUUGGUGAUGUUGUGUGUGAUCUUGGUGUUGCGAGAGCAGGAAAUGAGAAAGAGUAAGGGAGGAAAGAGGCCCAGUUAUGUGGAACAUUAA